AUGGUGAGCCAAGGCCAUGCUCUCCUAGCUGAGGUACUCCAACUCAGCAGCUCCUUGCCACCAGCUCUGCAACCUGCCACCACCAAAUUUGCACCCAUCCUGUUCGACUUCCGCUAUUUCAGAGACCCAGAUGCCCAUGACCAGAAGGUCGAAGCCAGCCGCGAGCUGACCAGCUUAGAUGAAGAGUUCAGAGAGAAUCCUGAGCGGCGGCAGCUGCUGCUGGAGGCUGUGGCGCUGGUGGGUGCCCUGCUGCUAUCCCUGGACAGGCGCAUCGAUGGAGCUGUGCGCGAGCGCUCUGUCGUGGCCUACUACCGCCUCAAGGGCGGCGCGCAGGCAUGGGCCCCCGACCCUUCUAAUUCCCUUGCAGCCAGGGGACCUGGAUGCAUCGUUCAACUGCCUUCAUGGUCAAACCGACUGUACCACCUCAUGAACUUUGAAAGAUAUCCUGAGUCCUACUUUGCCAGGCUGGCGCUCCCACAGGAGGCCAUCAUGGCGGUCGUGGUGCACUAUCCUGCGCCGGAGCAUCGGACGGCUGCGCUGUCGCACCAGGCGGCUGGGCUUUACUUGGCUCUCUACUUUGUGCCCCAAGUGCUGCAUCGCGACUCUUCCCUCAUGCGCACCCUUGUGGACAGGCACUUUGCGGACAACUGGGUGGUGGCUUGGGGCCCGGGGUUCCGCUCGGAUUUGGCGCUGGAGUGGGAGAGCUUCAAGGCGGCGCGCGGCGCGUUGGGCGGUGUGAUAACGGCCGCGCGCGCCAAGGACAUGGCCGCCACCUACGCCGCCGCGCUGCCGCAGCUGCAGGCCCAGCUCUCCUCCUUCCUGGUGGAGGGCAAGCUCAAGGAGGAGUAUGUGCUAGAGCACAUGGCGGAGGUGUUCUCGUGCUUGCGCAGCUGCAACGUGGCCCUGCGCUGGCUGCUGUUGCACACCGCCGCCUCCCACCGCAAGCUGCGCGCCGCCAUCGCCUCCGCCGCGCCGCCGCCCAACGCCCUGCUCGCUCUGCUGCUUGACACCGCCCUCCUGGAAUACGAGGUGCGGCGGGGUUACAGCGUGCUGCUGGAGAGCAAGACGGAGCGGUGGCAUGCACAGAGGCGCGCCCUGGUGGAGGCCAUCCAGGACCUGGCCGCCUUCUACCAGGCGCUGCAGGCGCUCCCCCGCUCAACCUCCACCGCCGACCUCUCCGACUGGUUCGACCACCUCAUCCAGCAGGUGGAGGGGAUGGACUAUGCCGACCCGACAGGCACCUCGCGGAGCGUGCAGUCGCUGACGCUGGCACUGGACGACGCAGAGCGGUUCCAUCCGCCGGAGGCCGCGCUGCAGACCAAGCAGUUCCUGGCCGCCAUCCGUGGCCACCUGGCGCACACGCUGCGCAUCGCGGAUGUGAAGGAGGAGCUGCUUGCCACGCUGGCGGCCGUGGCUGACUUCGCCUACGGCUGGGGGCUGCUCGACUCAUACGUCGCCCGCCUGCAGGCGGAGGUGCGCGCGGACCCGGGGACGGUGCUGAAGCUGCGCUGCCUGUUCCUGAAGAUGCGUUCCCUGCUGGAAGUCCCCCUGCUGCGGCUGGGCCAGGCACGCGCUCCUGCCCUCUCCGCCACAUCGCGCGUCUACUCUUCCGCCCUCCUCGCCUUCUCCCGCCUCAUUCUCCAGGUGGUGCCGGCGACGGUUGGGGAUCUGCUGGAUCAGAUGGUGGUGGUCACGAGCGCGCGCAUGACGCCUCUGCCGCCGCGGCUGGACGUCGGCCGCCUGCGGGAGGCCGCUCAGCUUCCGCAGCGCGCGCAGCUGGCCGCCCUCGCGCACCGCAUCGCCGCUUUCGCCGAGGGAAUGCGCGCCAUGGAGAAGACAUUUGUGGGCGUGGUGGAGCUGCAGCCGACGCGGCUGCUGGAGGACGGCCUGCGAGCGCACCUGGCGCAGCGUGCGGCGGCCGCGGCUGCGACGGCAUUGUCAUUCUCCAACCUGCCCGCGCUGCUGGCGUACCCGCCUCUGUCGGCUGCCGGCCGCUCCGCGCUCGCCGGCCUCUUCGGCGGCGGCGCGUCCCUCUCAGCCAGCAUCCCGGGGCGGCAGGACCUUGUGGCGCGGCUGGGCGAGCUGGCCGCCAAGCUGCGAGCGUUGCGCGACGCUUUUGAGGUGGUGCAAGAUCUAGUGGACCUGCCCGGCCUGCGCGUGUGGCACACCCAGCUGCAGCGGGUUCUCUCUGCCAAUCUUGCCGCCGAGCUGCGCAGAUUCAGGAGGGUGGCGGAGAGCAGCAUGGCCAGCACCAGCGGAUGGGAUGGGGCGCCCCCAGAGGCGCUGGGCGGCCCCAAAGACGAGCUUUAUGGGGAACCCGUCACCUUCCUUGGCAGGCUGGUCGGGGAGGUGUUGCGGCUGAGUGACCCUGUGCGCACGCAGUUCCAGCCGCUGCUCUGCGCCUGGCACGACGCCAGCGGUGGCGAGGUGCUGGGCAUGGCUGCGUUCGGUGCGCUGGCGGCGGCGUUUGACGGCCCCGGGCUGCGGUGCACGGGCGCGGUGGUGGCAGCGCGCACGCACCAGACGCUGCACGCCGGCCUCUCCCACAUACGCGCUGAGCUCGACGCCGGGUGGCGGGCGUCGCUGGCGGAUCUGCGGGAAGCGGUGGGGUCCUCCACAGCGCCACCGGAGGGGGGUCCCGGCGUCUAUGUGGAAGCUGCCAGGGCGGCUUCGCGGCAGCUGCAGCCUCUGGCUGUGCUCAUCGCGUCCCUGGGCCAAAUGCAGCUUCUGCAGCAGCGCAUCCGGCACGAGCUUGCCUCCAUCAGCAGGUUGGAAGGGGACGCUCUACUGCACUGCGCAUUGGAAGGACUCAAUGCAGCGCUUCUUGCGGACGCCAAGGCCGCAGCAUCAGCGCAAGGAAGCAGCAUUGAGCCGCCGGCGUCCCCUGUCACCCCUCUGCAGCCGGAGCUCGCAGACCUUUUCGAGGCUGCUGGCCUCAGCAAUCCAAUGGAGAAGGUUUAUGAGAGGCCGGCAGCGCUGCCAGAGUUACCAGAGGUUUUGUUCCUGGUGCUAUUCUCGCUGCUGGAUGCAUAUGCAUUCAACCGGCGGCUGGCGUUGCUGGAGAGGGCUGACAGGAAGGCUCCCGAUUCGGUGCCCCUUGCCUGCGGCUUCGCCACCCUUCUGCGCCAGUUCCACCCCUGCUACGCCGAGGCGUUUCUGCAGUGCGUGGGGCAGUGCAUCCAGAUAUAUGUGCAGACAGCGACUGGGGCAGUGGCGCAGGGAGUGCAGGCUGCUGGGAUCGAUGUGGCACUGCCCAGAAAGAUUGGAACGCUCGUGGCAUUCGUUGAGAGCGUGAGCGAGUUUGGCGGGAUGUCCCAGUCGCUUGUGCAUCAGUACAUACCGCCAUUCAUAGCUGACACUUGGCUGUCGGUGCUGGCAUGA